AUGCGAAUAGCAAUCGUGGGUACUGGUGUAUCGGGUAUAUCAGCCUUAUGGCUACUCAACGAGUUCUCGGAACAUGAAGUGAACAUUUACGAGAAAGAUGAGAGACCUGGUGGACAUACCAAUACUGUAGAAUUUAAGAGAGAAGGAAGGGAGCCUUGUCAGGUGGAUACAGGAUUUAUCGUCUGUAAUCCACCUACAUACCCAAACUUCCUUCGAUUUCUACAACAUCUCAACAUCCCAUUAUUGAAAACGGAAAUGACCUUUUCGGUCACGAGGGAUAGAGGCAAGUUUGAAUGGGCUGGUGAAGGAUUGGGAGGGGUGUUCUGUCAAUUAUCGAAUCUGUUCAACCCGCGACUGUAUAGGAUGUUAUUCGAUAUAAUCCGAUUUAACCUCUUUGCGACUGACAUUCUACACCAAGAGGGCGAUAAGGAAGGUAUAAGUAUAGGUAAUUAUUUGGAUAAAGAAGGGUAUGGUGAAGGUUUCAGAGAUGAUUAUUUGAUGCCAAUGACAGGUGCUAUAUGGUCCACACCAGCGGACCAAGCUGCGCUAGACUUCCCAGCAUCAACAUUGAUACGGUUCUUCCAUAAUCAUCAUUUAUUGCAGAUAACUGGCAAACCCAAAUGGCUAACGGUUCAAGGUGGAUCCAAGAAAUACUUGGAUGCAGUAUUGGGUAAAUUACCAAAAGAGAAUUUACACCUCAAUACGGAGAUAACGGCUAUCGAGUCUGUGGAUGAUGGAGUCAAUCUGGUUGAAGCUUCGGGUCAGAAACAUUUAUACGAUCAUGUCAUCUUAGCUACACACUCAGAUACGACGUUGAAGUUGCUGAGAAAUGGUGGUGGGUUAACGGAUGAUGAAGAGAAAGCCCUUGGUCCUUGGAAAUGGAGUAAGAACGAGGCGAUACUACAUUGGGAUGAGAGGUUGAUGCCCAUCAGGCGGAAAGCUUACUCAGCUUGGAAUUACCUGACUUUGACUGAAAGUGACGGAAAUAAGCCUCGUACUUCUGACUCGGAAGUGGAGACCGUCGCUUUAACAUACGAUAUGAACAUCCUCCAACAUCUUCCGGAAUCCAAGCAUGGAUUAGUCCUCGUAACCCUGAAUCCGCCAUUCCCCGUCGACGAAAGCAAAGUUGUUCGAAGGUUCACGUACGCACAUCCCAUGAUGACACACGAAUCGGUCGCUUCUCAAGCCUUGCUCCCUUCUAUACAGAACAAACGAGGUAUAUCUUUUGUGGGUGCAUGGACCAAAUACGGUUUCCACGAAGAUGGGUUUACAUCAUCUAUGAGAUUAUUACUUCAACCUCCGUUCAACGUAUCUUCACCUUUCCCCUUACGACCAGCUACUAGGGAUUUACCUACUACCACUCUUGGUAUAUUGGCAGCUAGGAUAUUAGUGAAUGUAUUGGAGAACUUGAGAAGGAGGGUACAACCUGCAUGGUAUUGGGUUAGAUACGUUGUAAUCAUUGGGUUGGUAUGGUUGGAACAGGUCUUUGGGGCUAUGAGAUGGAGAAAAGGUCAAGAGGAAGUCGGGAGAUUGAAGGUGUACUGGGUAGGGAAUGAUGGAGAGAGUAAGAAGAGGAGAUGA